AUGUCACAACUAAGAGAUUCAAAAGACAAGGUACCUCCACCUAAACAUAGAUCAAUUAAAGAAGGAUCAGUAACCAAACAAGGAGGUAGAAUUAAGAAUUGGAAGAAGAGAUGGUGCGUUUUAAAUGAUGAAGGAAUACAUUAUUUUAAAUCACAAAAUAGCAUAGAGAAAGGAUCAAUAGCGAUAAGUCAUAUAUUAAAUGUAGAAUCAGAUGAUAAAUCAUCUUCAAAGAGAAAGAAUUGUUUUAAAGUUUGGACAGAGGAAAGAACAUAUAGGAUUUGUGCAACAGAUUCACUGGAUAAAGACGAAUGGAUCACAUCGAUCAAAAGAUUAAUUAAACCAAGAUCUCUUACAAACUCUAAUGGCGGAUUAAAGUCAUCACAACAUGUAGAUAUAAAUAGAUUAAAAAUAGAAAAUGAUGAUUCUUCAUCAGAGUCAUCAUCCUUUUCAUCAAGUUUUUCAUUACCAACGACAAAUACUAUUGCUCUGACGCCUAUUAUGCUUGGGCUUAAGGACAAGUUUGGACAACCCAACUUUGCACUAGAACUCAACAAAAAGAAGGAUUUAUUAUCUGGAGAAGAGGUGGAAACGGUGAUGAAAUUAUUGGAUGGACUUGUGAGGAAUGAAAUCGAUGAAAAAUGUAAAGACAUGGAUAAGGACAUUUACGCAAUCAGAUCGAUGAUCGAAAGAAUGAAAGAGGCUGAAAUCGAAUUUGUAAUGUCAGAAUAUGACCAAAAGAAAGCUGAAAUAUUAAAGGAAAUUAAUAAAAGACAAAACAAAUAA